UGAGAGGCGCUGGUGACUAACGUGUAGCAUGCGUGAUGGAUUAUGGUUGCUGAAAAAUGAAGCGGUGUAAAAUGUCUGCAUAUUACUUUUAACUCAGUGUCGAAAGUAACAAGGCAAUUACAGUUUUGUUUUUGGUUUUGGUUUUACUACGGUUUGAGAUUGACUGACUAGUGUUAUUGGCAAGUAAUUGGUUUGGUUUUGGUUUUGCGACACUCAACUGAAAACCGCUCUAUUGAAAAUAAUUUAACACAACCUUUGUAGCUGUGGAGGAUGGUGCUCUAGUGAGGGUCUGAGUUCUAGCAUUUUAUUUUAUCGUUAUCCAACGUACUUGGGUUUAGCACCUCACUUCUCUCUUAAGUUGGAUGUGUAAAUGUGUACCGUCAUUUUGGGGAGAACAUCACAAGUGAAUGACUAACAUCGCAUUCAGGGUCAGAAUUUUUGACCUUAGUCACUUCACGCUAUAGAAUCCAGAAAUAGCUUUAGUUCCAUUAGUCAUUUGACUCUAUCUAUUGUCUUCUCGUUUCAGAUUCACGGCUGCAAUACGCACAGGUUUCAACUUCUCUGGCAACGAAAUCUUGACAUUCUCCGGCGGCGAGGAAAUGUGGGUGUACAUUGACAAGACAUUUCUGGUGCAGUUAUUUUCUGAUCCACUGGACUCUGAUGUUCCAUGCCGCACUAUCAGCUUGGCAAAUGCUGCUGGUAACGGAUCUAUAGUCCCUGAAGGUGGCUCAGUUAUUGGUGGAAAAUGCCAAAGCAAUGGCUCUCUUCCAGCAGAGACAGUUAGCCUGUCCCUAAGGAUCAACGAGGCAUACCGUUUAGAUGUCUUCAUUGCCGAGAGAUUCCGUUGUAAAUCGCACAUUUUGUUUCAGUCGAGUGGAGUAUCAUUUCUGCUAGAUGACGCCCGACCUGCAGACUAUUUUGCAGUAAUUAGCGAGGAUGCACAUGUUGGAUCUCUUGUGCAGGUUAGAUCUGCGCUGAUCAGCGCACUUGUAACAGUUCCAAUUAAAACGUAGCUUUCUACGUAGACAUUCUUUUGGCUUGU